AUUCUUGAAAGGCAUCAUCAUCAUCAGCAUCAGCAGCAGCAGCAGCAGCAGCAGCAGGAGGAGAGAAACGGCAGCGGGUGCACGUGUGUAUAGCACACCUCUCCCAUCGACCCAUCGCCCAUCGCUGGUGGAACCCCGUGGAUAUUCAAAAUCACGUUUGCACCACGAGUGGUACAGGUGGAGCCUGUACGGUGCUCAAGCAGGAGGUGUGCUGGUUCUUGACGCGCGCCAUCACACGGCAGCAUGGCGGCGCCCAACGAGUUUUACGAGACGCUCAAGCAGCGACUGGCUGGGGUCAAACACAUUGUCCUUGUGCUCUCCGGCAAAGGUGGCGUCGGCAAGAGCACCGUCGCCAGCCAGAUGGCCAUCGGCCUCAUUCACCGCGGGCUCAAGGUCGGCUUGUUGGACAUUGACUUGACCGGCCCCAGCAUUCCCACCAUGUUCGGCGUUGCCGAUCAACAAGUUCAUACGAGCAGCGAAGGUUGGGUUCCUUUGUACAAAUACGACCAGCGUUUGGCCAUCAUGUCAAUUGGCUUCCUCCUCGACUCUCGGGACGAGGCCGUGAUUUGGCGUGGUCCCAAGAAAAAUGCCAUGAUCCAGCAAUUUUUGUCCGAGGUGUGCUGGGACGAACUUGACUGUCUGGUAGUUGAUACCCCGCCGGGCACCUCUGACGAGCAUUUGAGCAUUGUGGAUGCUCUCAAGCUAUGCAAGCCCGACGGUGCCAUUUUGGUCACUACCCCGCAGGGUGUGGCGCUAUCGGAUGUGCGACGCGAAGCCGAGUUUUGCCGCAAGGCGCGCCUCAAGGUUCUCGGCGUUGUGGAAAACAUGUCUGGAUUUGCUUGCCCCCACUGCAAGGACUGCACCAACCUGUUCUCCAAGGGUGGCGGCGAAAAGCUGGCACAGGAGAUUGCCGCCCCCUUCCUGGGUGCCAUCCCCAUUGAUCCCAUGCUCGGGCAAAGCCUUAGUCGGGGCGAGGAUUUUCUUGCUUCCUGCCAAGCAGCGCCCAGCUACGAGGCCGUGGCAGCGCUCAUCGACCCACUCAUGGCGCAGCUGGGCCUAGUUCAGGCGACUGCUGACACCAGCACGCCCUCGCACUGAGUGUUGAGGUGGUCUAUGGUUCAUGGGCCCUCGUUUUCUCGAGCCGUGUGAUUGUGCAUCAGGUACAGGGACAAAUUCAUCCGGGGUUGGGGUUUGGGUUGCUUAUAGCCAAUUGAUUGUAUAAUCC